AUGGGCCCACAACGUCGACUUGGAUUUUACGUUGGUUUUGACUCUUCAUCAGUAAUCAGAUUCCUGGAACCAUUAACAGGAGAUAUUUUUAAGGCACGUUUUGCAGACUGCCAUUUUGAUGAGUCAAAUUUCCCGUCGUUAGGGGGACAAAAGCUAAAACUUGAGGAACGUCGUGAAAUUUCAUGGAAUACUCCCUCUAUAGCGCACCUUGAUCCUCUCACUAGUCAAUGUGAACUUGAGUUCCAAAGGAUCAUAAAUUUGAAAAAUAUUGCGAAUAGAAUGUCUGAUGCAUUCACGGACACAGCGAGAGUAAUAGUCUCUGCAGGACAAAAUGACGUAUCUGAACCACGCUUGAAGACUGCAAGACCUAUUGGUGCAAAAGAUUCAGUUCCGUGGAAGAAAGGAAAGGAUGUUGGGAUUCCAGAAAACACCACAUCCACAAAAUCAAUGAUUUAUGAAUCUGAAAUUAUUGCACAUCAAGAGGAAGAAAUACCUGGAAAUAAAUAG